UAAAUAGACAUUCGGUUCAAUUAUGUUCCUCGUUUACAACUCUCCAAACCAAAAAGUAGGCAAAGAGAGAGAAAUUACAGAAUAUCCCCAGAGAACAUAAUCUGACGAAGACAUUUUCUGGUCAAUUCGAAGAAGAAGUUACUGUUCAAGAUUCCCCGAAUGUUCUUCCUUGGCUUCGAAUAUCAGUAGGGUUCCGGAUUCCGAUUUGACUUUGAUUUCUGGGGAUUUGGUUCUUGUCUCUGCGUUUCAAACAUGGAUCAUAAUCUAGAUGAGAACGAGAGCCUAAGGGUUCGGGUUAUACAACUCGAGCAUGAGCGUAAUGAACUACAGAAAGAUAUUGAACAGUUGUGCAUGCAACAAGCUGGACCUAGCAUUCUUGGUGUGGCUACUCGGAUGCAUUUCCAGAGGACAGCUAGCUUGGAGCAGGAGAUAGAGGCCUUAAAAAUGAAGUUGGCUAAUUGCUCAAGGGAGAAACACAAUCUUCAAGAGGAACUUGCAGAAGCUUACCGGGUCAAAGCUCAGUUAGCAGAUUUACAUGCUGGAGAAGUAGCAAAGAAUAUGGAAGCAGAGAAGCAGGUUAGGUUUUUCCAGGGCUCGGUGGCAGCUGCUUUUUCUGAAAGGGAUCAAUCAGUUAUGGAGGCUGAGAAAGCUAAAGAGAAAGCUGAAAGGAUGUCAGAGAAACUUAGUGAAAUUGAAAUGCGGUUAGAAGAACUCAGCUCCGAUUGUCUCGUACAGAAGAGACUAAAUGACACUUUGCAAGCUGACGUGGCAAAACUUGAAGAACAGACUAAAGUCUAUGCAGAGGUGAUUGAGAAGUUCUAUGAUAUUCGUAAAGCUUCGCUCUGUGAGUCCCUUGAAGUGAAUUUGCAUGACAAGUGUGCAAGUUUAUUGGAUGAUCCUAAAGAAUCAUGGACUUUUAAUGAUCCUUCAACAUCAGAAUAUGUAGCUGCGCUUGAAGGAGAGUUGGGGAAGGUUAAGAAGACUGUGGAUAAUCUUAAAAGUAAACUACGAGUUGGCUUAGAAAUUGAGAAUCAUUUGAAGAAGAGGGUUCAUGCCUUGGAAAAGAAGAAUAUUGUUGCAGAUGGGCUGAUUGUCAAUGGAAUUGCAGAUGUGCGCCAUCAUCAUUCUCAAUUGAGGGACUACAUCAUUAAUUUACUUAAUGAGGAAGGACUAUACAUUAAAUCGAUUUUCGAAGAUCUAGAGGAAAAACUUAAACUUCGUUCAUCGGAAAUACAUAAUGUAGUGCCACUGCAACAUGAUUUGAAGCCAGAUGAAUCUGAAUGCCGGGAUGUGCAUAUAACCACAGCUGUUGAUUCUUGCCAAGUAAUUAAGCAUGAGGAACCUAGUUUUGGUAAAAUCACCGCUGAAAGUAGAGCUGAUGCAUCUGAAGCCCUUGCACAAGCAUUACAAGAGAAGCUUCAGGAACCUAUUUUCACCAAAAUCGCCGCUGAAAGUAGAGCUGAUGCAUCUGAAGCCUUUGCACAAGCACUACAAGAGAAGGUUGGAGCUCUUUUACUUUUAUCACAGCAGGAAGAAAGAUAUUUACAUGAAGAAAAUAUCAAUGCAGCUCUCCAACGGAAAGUAGAUGAGCUUCAAAGGAAUGUCUUGCAGGUUACAAACGAAAAGGUGAGAACCCUUAUGGAGUUAGCACGACUACGACAGGAAUAUCAGUCGCUAAAAGAGUUAGGGAAUUGCACGUUCUGCAAAUGCUCUAGGCAGACUUUCGAGAUUAGUUUCCCUCUAUCUUCUGUUUCAAACAAAAUGAGUGGUACAAGAGAUGGAGAAGCAACGGAGAAAAGUGGCGGUAUGGUUAUGAGCAAUGAGAAAGAGGGAAGACUAAAGAAUAUGUGGAAGAAAUCUUACAUAAAUCGUUGGAUUGACCCAAGUUCGAGAGAAGGCGGAAGUCACUCGAACACUGAAGCAGAUUAUGCUGGUAACAUUGAUUAUGCCAGAAUGAAAGUAGAAUACGCAGCUUUAAAAGAGAGCCUCGAAAGCAUGGGGCACUUGACUACUUCAAUCCGCAGGCUUCGUCUAGCGCUCUUGAAGGUAAAGGAGACGAAUGAUACUGAAACAGCUGCGAGAACUUGCGAAGUAGCGAUUUCCAACAUCCUUGUGGAGGCAACCCAUUUAAAGACUGCCCUUGGCAUCUCCAUACCCAUUAGCUGGUCGGCUGAAUCAGACAUGGAAUCAGUUGCUGAUGGUGAAUCAAGCUGUGAUAAGACGGAUUCUGUUUCUGCUGCAGGGUUUGAGAUGGUGGAGCUUGUUAUUCUAGCAGCCGAGAUACUGAAAGAACAACACAACUGAGACUCAUUCUUUAGUUUCCAUACAGGCAUUGUGAGUUGGAUAUGUGCAUAUGAUUUAUGGAGAAACUUAUCAUAAAUUUCGAAUCUUUAUUAGUCGUCAGGUUGGUUUAAUACUGUGGAUUCCAUGAGAAUAUAAUUUUGAUUGGGUUGUUGUUUUUCAGCAUUCUAAUAAGAAGAGAAAUAAUACAUUGUA